UUAAUUUUGACAGCGAGAAAAAAGCGAAUAAAAACAAAACAACACUCUGUUUACAUCCUAUUUUAGUUCACAAGCAAUAUUCGCACGUUUCAUUCCCAUUUUCUCGUGCAAAGCGAACUAUAUUAACACAUUAACCCUGGAUUAUGCGAAGUAAUACUUUCCACUAGUAGUUUUUCCCCUGCACAACACCUUACAAUGGCCAGCGAAGAUACCGCACCGGCUGACUUUUCGGCCCUAGUCAACGAGGAUGGAAAGAACAAAACGAACGUAAAGUGCGAUCGCUGCGGAUCGUUGAUUUUAAAAUCGACAAACAGUGAUUACGACACGACAGAGUUCGUGCUACCGUUGGCCAAGCAAAAGCGUCAACCGGUGGAGCAGGUGGCGGAAGAAUUCACCACGGAAACGUUAAAAGAUUUCUGGAUGGUGAAGGAUAUGUACACGUUCGAGAACAUUGGCUUCAGCAACACGGUGGACAAUCGGAAGUAUCUUACCUGUGCCGAUUGCGAGGUCGGUCCGAUAGGGUAUCACGAUUUGGAGACGAAAAAGUCCUACAUCGCACUGGCACGCGUCAAGCAUGAGUGAGGGGCGAAUUCGAUUCACUCAAUAUGGCAUUUGCUACAUGAUUUGCCGUUAAAAAUAAAAAUAAAAGGUGAAAAGCACUCGACGUGGUAAGUUUCUGGUGUUAAAAAUUGAAAACAUUAUCUUGUUAGUAUAAAUUUUUUGGGUUACAGUAGAAGUGUAGCUCGAUUUCAAAAGUCAGCCUGUUGAAGAUUUUCUUUUAAUAGGCAAACAGCGUUCUAACCAUAUUCAUACAUAUAUUCAUACGUUUAUUUUAAUAUAUUUUUUAUUCAUUUGUAUCGAGUCCUAUUCUAAAUCAUUUCAAAGACAUACGUAUAUGUCACCUAAUUAUAUAGCAUUCGUACAUGGUUAUAUGUUUGUGAAGAUCGGACGCGAUUUGGUUCGCAUCCGGAACUACCUCCGUUUAGUAUGCCUAUAAUCUUACCGGCAAAGUCAAAAACCGACUGAAUACAAGCAUAAUAUGUACCUCGCGUACAAAAGUAACUAGUAUAAGCAUUUUUUGGGAUUAUUUUGGAUUUUCCAUUCCAAAUAAAAGAGCGCACAAGGACCUAA